AUGGAAGCAGAGAAGGUUCUUCGCAUGAACGCAGCAAAUCAUGAAAUUAGCUAUGCCGAUAAUUCAGUUUUUCAAAAACAAAUAAUAUUGAAAAUAAGGCCAAUUAUUGAAGAAUCUAUCACAGAUGCAUUCAAGAAGAUUGUUCCAAUUUGUAUGAAGGUGGCAGACUUGGGUUGCUCUUCAGGUCCUAACACCUUCAUGGCUAUAUGGCACAUUAUUGAAACCGUCCAUGGGAUAUGUCAACAAGAACAGUUGAAGUUACCCGAGUUUGAAGUGCUUCUAAAUGAUCUCCCAGAGAAUGACUUCAAUUUUGUGUUUAAGUCAUUUCCAGGAUUCUAUGAGAAGCUUAAGAAAGAGAGAGGAGAUAUGUUGCAGAAAAGGUGUUUUAUAGGAGGAGUUGCAGGUUCUUUCUAUCACAGACUCUUUCCAACCCGAAGCCUACACUUUAUACAUUCUUCCUAUUCGCUUCAUUGGCUCUCAAAGCCACCAGUCGGGCUAGAGAACAAUAAGGGGAAUGUAUACAUGGCAAGAUCAAGUCCUCCUAAUGUUUUCAAAGCUUAUGCAGACCAAUUUCAGAAAGACUUCACAAAUUUUUUAAGCUUGCGCUCCAAAGAAACAAUACCACAAGGGCGUAUGGUGCUAACCUUUUUGGCUAGGAAAAACCAAAAUACCUCCACCGAAGAUUAUGGUUUGGAGCUGCUUACUAAAUCCCUUCUUGACUUGGUUGAUGAGGGAGUUGUAAAAGAGGCAGAUGUGGAUUCAUUCAACCUCCCAUUGUAUACACCUUGCAAAGAAGAAGUGGCUGAGAUUAUUGAGAGGGAAGGAUCGUUUGAAAUUAAGGAGCUACAAGUUUUCGUAGUGGAGGCGAAUUGUUCAAGUAGAGAAGAGCAGUUCGGCAGCAAAGACAUUUGGGUUCAGAAGGGGAAAAAAUUUGCAAAUGCUUCAAGAGCUGUUUUUGAACCCAUUAUUUGCAGUCAUUUUGGAGAUGCUAUAAUUGAUAAGUUAUACACAAGGUUUGCAACUCUUGCAGCAAAUGCUAUAACUUAUUCAAUGGAUCACAAAACGCUUAAUAUUGUCGUUUCAUUGACAAAGAAGGAUUUUUAUCAAUAA